AGGGGAGGGGGCCACUUGGAAAAGAUGCCCGCGCAUUGGGCCCUGGCUGGGCUGCCGGCGGCGCUGCUGUGGAUGGAGAUGGCGGUGUCUCUGGCCCAGGGGCAGUGCCAGGUCCACGGGACGACGGUGGACUGCUCCGGCCUCCACCUGCUGCAGGUACCCCCAGCGCUGCCCCGGGACACCGAGGUCCUCGACCUGUCCUACAACGGGAUCGGAGGCAUCCAGGACUCGGACUUUGCCCGGUUGCCCCGCCUGCGGGUCCUGAGGCUAAACUACAACAACAUCUCCCGGCUGGCCGAGGCCGCCUUCGCCUCCAAUCCCUGGCUGGAGGAGCUGAACCUCUUCAACAACUCCCUCCGCACCAUGCCCGGCUCGGUGCUGGCGCCGCUGCCGAGACUGGUCCGCCUCGACCUCUCCAACAACCUGUACCGGACGGUCAGGCUGAGCCCGGCCUUUGCCAACCUCUCCAACCUCCGGGACCUCUCCAUCGGAGGGGAGCUGAUCCACGCCCUGCGGAGGGGCGACCUCUCCCCGCUCAGCCGCACCCGUCUCACCAGGUUGGCCCUGAAGACCGGCUCCAGCCUGGCCGAGUACGAGGCGGGCUCCCUGUCCGUGCUGAGGUCGCAGUCGGUGUGGACGGACAUUGCGGUGGACCGCCGGCCCCAGCUCCUCCCCGCCCUCCUCUCCGACCUCUACCGCACCCCCGCCACCUCGCUGCGCCUCCGCCGCCUCUUCGAGUUCACCUACUACGCUGGCGACGAGGACCUCUUCCGCGGGCUGCGGGACAGCCGCAUCCGCAACCUCACCUUCUUCCGCGGCAAGUUCAGCGAGAAGCUGCUGGGCUUCAUCCUCCUCAACCUGCAGGGGUCGGCGGUGCGGAACCUGACGCUGGAGGCCAUAGACUUCGCCCGCUCGCCCAACGCCAGCGCCGGCCUGCCCGACAUCACCGGCCUGGAGCUUGAGCACCUUAGCCUGCAGGACAUCAGCAACCCCGACGUGCUGAGGUUCAACCAGGGCUUCGGCUGGCUGGGCGAGGUCCGCUCGCUGCUCAUCAACCAGAUCGCCUUCAAUUAUGUCCCGUGCGGAGCCUGGAGGCAGAUGAGGCGGGCGCGGCUGAUCGACAUCUCCCGCAACCAGCUGCGGGAGGACUACAUCUACAACCGGCGCUGCCAGUACGCGGGCACCAUGCAGAUGUUAGAGGAGUUCCGCCUGGGCGUCAACCUGAUCGGCAGCCUGCGGGCGGUCGCCCUGCUGACAGCCCGCUGGCCGGUCCUCAGCACCAUCGACCUCAGCCACAACCUCAUCGGCCCGUGCCAGCCGCCCUGCCCCUGGGGCCCGGCCCUGGGCCGGCUGGUCCUCCACCACAACCCCGCCGACCCUUCCACCUUCGCCUGCCUGCCCCGCACCCUGCGCUACCUCGACCUGUCCCACUGUCAGCUGGAGCGCCUGGAACCCGCCUGGUUCUCCCGCGCUCCCAACCUCAGCACGCUGCUGCUCAGCGGCAACCGCCUCAAGUUCAUCCCGGCCGGCUGGCGGGCCCCCGCCCUGCGGAGGCUGGAGCUGGACGGCAACUCCUUCGGGGCGAUCGGGCCCGGCUCCUUCCGCCUGAUGCCCCUCCUGAGGAGCCUGGGCGCGGGGGACAACCCCUACCACUGCACCUGCGACCUGCACCGCUUCCUCUCCGAGGCGCGCUCCGGCCGCCUGCUCCUGCUCGGCUGGCCGGCCGCCUACGUCUGCUACCACCCGCCCGCCCUGCUGGACACCCGGCUGGCCGACUACUCGCCGGGGCGGCUGCAGUGCGAGGUGGGGCUGGCGCUGGCCAUCUCCGUCUCGGCCAGCGCGCUGCUGGCGGUGGGGGCCACGCUGGUGUGCUGGCGCUACGACCUGCCCUGGUACGUCCGGGCCACCUGGCAGGUGGUGCGCUCCCGCUACCGGAGCUCGGAGAGGUCCCGGGACCCCGGCCGCCCCCCGCCCACCUUCCACGCCUUUGUGUCCUACAGCCGGGCGGAUGCCGAAUGGGUGAUGCAGCAGCUGCUGGCCCGGCUGGAGGCGGGACGGAGCCCCUACCGGGUGUGCAUCCACGAACGGGACUUCACGCCGGGCCGCUGGAUCAUCGACAACAUCAUCGAGAACAUGGAGCGGAGCCGCAAAGUGCUCUUCGUGCUGUCCCGCGGCUUCGUCGACAGCGAGUGGUGCAACUACGAGCUGUACUUCGCGCACCAGCGGCCGCUCGGCCGCUCCCUGCGGGACGCCGUGCUAUUGCUGCUGGAGCCCAUCUGCCCCCGCUCGCUGCCCAGCCGCUUCUGCCGCCUGCGCCGCCUCCUCGACUCCCGCACCUACCUGGAGUGGCCGGCCGAGCCCAGCCGCCAGCCCUUCUUCUGGGCGCAGCUCAGGGGCCUGCUGGGCAAGCCCGAGGACGAGGUGUCCUCCCCGGCUGCCCAGCCCAGCUGAGUCCGUCCGGUCGUGUCCCCCCGCCCCAAGGGGAUCUCUACAGGGAGGUACAGCAGGGGAAAGGCCCUUCGGCCCAACUCGUGCCCACAACCCCAACUGCCCCACAU